AUGAAGAAAGAGAAAUCUGAAGGGACACCGGCCCCCUCGUCUUCGAAGAAGCAGGUCUCGAGCGUCGGGUCAUCGAAAAAUGCAUCGAUCCUCAGUUUCUUUUCGAAAGCACCCAAUGGCACUCCGGGUUCCUCAACAGGUGCUCGGAAGACCAAUGGCGAAGCCAAGGGAGUCGACAAAUCGAAUGUGCCGGUCAAGAAACCCGCCUUCAAGAAGGCCACUGCCAACAACAUCACGCCUGUCCCCAGCAGUGACGCCAUGGGCCCUCCUAGCUCGCAGGAGAAUGGUAUUGGAGGGGUUUUAGAAGAGGUAGAGGACACUGGUCUGCCAUCGCCUAUGACACCUGCUAAGAGUGAUGUCGCGCAGGUUGUCAACGGCAAUGUUCUUGGAAGCAGUCCUUCACGCAAGGCUAAGCAAAAAGCCAUCAGCUAUGCUGAAUCUUCUGACGAGGAUGAUGAUGCCUUCGACCCCGCAGGAAUCAAGAACCGAAGAACACGGCGGAAACGUGUUAUUGAGGACGACGAAGAUGAGGAUGAUGCUUUCGUCGCAGGUCUUGAUGGUGCUGAUGAUGACAAUGAUGACGAUAUGGACGACUUCGUGGUAGAUGAUGAUUCAGACGCCCCGAAAAAGCCAUCGAAGAAACGAAAGCGUCCUACUUCUACCGCAACAUCCCGGAAACGCUCUAAUGUCUCUCCGCCGACCUCUUACCAAGACAAUGACGAAGAUGAAGAUAUGGAAAUCCCGGAAGCAUCAACAGCGCAACAGUGGAAGUACGACCCAGAUAAUACGCAGCCACUUCAGCCGAAAUCUACGAACGUGCCGAAGACUCCGAACUCGACAAAGAAGACAGUCAAAGAGAAAGCCCAUGUAUCUGAGCCGGAAAAGAGAUAUCCUUGGUUAGCCAACAUUCAAGAUAUGGACCGACACCCCCCUGAGCACCCAGACUAUGACCCCAGAACAGUCUAUAUUCCCCCCAAUGCUUGGGCAAAUUUCUCGCCCUUCGAAAAGCAGUACUGGGAGAUCAAGCAACGGUUCUGGGAUACUAUUGUUUUCUUCAAAAAAGGGAAAUUCUACGAGUUAUACGAGAAUGAUGCCACAAUUGGCCAUCAGCUUUUCGAUCUCAAGCUCACGGAUAGGGUCAACAUGCGGAUGGUGGGAGUUCCCGAGAUGUCCUUGGAUCACUGGGCAAAUCAGUUUGUUGCGAAGGGAUAUAAAAUCGCCAGAGUCGAUCAAUGCGAAUCAGCCCUGGGCAAAGAAAUGCGUGAACGGGAGGAUAGCCAAGCAUCUCUUGCCAAGGGUAAGAAGAAGCCUGACAAGAUCAUCAAACGGGAACUUGCUUGCGUGCUUACUGGAGGAACCCUGGUCGAGGGUAGCAUGCUUCAGGAUGAUAUGGCAACAUUUUGUGUUGCCAUCAAGGAAUCAACAGUCGAUGAUUUACCAGCAUUUGGCAUUGCCUUUGUUGACACCGCUACUGGACAGUUCUUCCUGUCACAAUUUGCUGACGAUGUAGACCUGACCAAGUUUGAGACGUUUGUUGCUCAGAUCAGGCCACAGGAAGUCUUGCUAGAGAAAUCUUGCAUUUCUGCCAAGGCUCUACGAAUAUUGAAAAAUAAUACCAGUCCCACGACCAUCUGGAACCAUCUCAAGCCCGGAAAAGAGUUCUGGGAUGCCGACGUUACUCGACGUGAGCUGAGUUGCAGUGGGUAUUUUCUCUCUGACGACUCUGGCGGCGAAGAAGUCUGGCCAGAGAAGCUUCAGGAAGCCAAAGAUAAGGAGCUUCUCAUGUCUGCCUUCGGCGCCCUAGUGCAGUACCUGAGGACCCUCAAGUUGGAGCGAGAUCUUUUGACGCAAGGCAAUUUCUCCUGGUAUAGCCCAAUCCAGAAAGGCACCACGCUCGUACUCGACGGGCAGACUCUCAUCAAUCUUGAGGUGUUUGCCAACACUUUCGAUGGUGGUCAAGAGGGAACACUCUUCACACUGCUCAAUCGCUGCGUCACACCAUUCGGCAAGCGAAUGUUCCGUCAGUGGGUAUGCCACCCCUUGGCUGAUGCAAAGAGGAUCAAUGAACGCUUGGAUGCUGUCGAUAUGCUAAAUGCAGACCGCACCAUGAGUGACCAAUUUACAGCAUCUAUGACUAGAAUGCCUGAUCUAGAACGUUUGAUCUCGCGAAUCCAUGCUGGAGUGUGCAAACCGGAUGACUUUGUUCGAGUCCUUGAAGGCUUUGAGCAGAUCGAGUACACGAUGAGUCUUCUUGGUGCGUUCGGUGGUGGUAGUGGUAUUGUCGAUCGUCUGAUUGCUACUAUGCCGGAUCUGGCUCGGCCACUGGAAUGGUGGAAGACAGCCUUUGAUCGAUCAAAGGCCAGGGAGUUCAAGAUCCUGGUUCCCGAACGCGGGAUUGAGGAGGAAUUUGAUGCUAGUCAAGACCGUAUUGCAGAGCUGGAGGGCGAGUUGGAUGCCUUGCUGAAGAGCAAGCAACGUGAGUUUGGUUCUAAAAAGAUCGCAUUCAAAAAUGUUGGGAAAGAGGUCUAUCAGCUUGAAGUCCCGACGAGCAUCAAAGUGCCUAAGGACUGGAAAAUGAUGUCUUCUGCCGCCGGCGUCAAGCGUUACUAUUUCGGGGAGCUCACGGAUCUCGUCCGUGAUCUUCAGGAAGCGCAAGAGACACACAGCCAGAUUGUGAAACAAGUUGCUGGGAGAUUCUAUGCACGCUUCGAUCAGGACUACAAAACUUGGCUGGCAGCUGUCAAGAUCAUUGCGCAACUUGAUUGCCUAAUCAGUCUUGCUGCUGCAUCGGCUGCUCUUGGUGAACCAAGUUGCAGACCAACUUUCGUAGAUAGCGAGCGAAGUGUCGUUGAGUUCGAAGAGCUUCGACAUCCUUGCGUCCUCCCAAAUGUCACUGAUUUCAUCCCCAACGAUGUGAAGCUUGGUGGGGCUGACGCGAAUAUCAAUUUGUUGACUGGAGCCAACGCUGCUGGGAAGUCAACGAUAUUGCGAAUGACAUGCAUCGCCGUGAUCAUGGCCCAGAUUGGGUGUUACGUCCCUUGCGUUUCUGCAACCCUCACUCCCGUCGAUAGGAUCAUGUCCCGUCUCGGUGCAAACGACAACAUCUUCGCCGCCCAGAGUACCUUCUUUGUCGAGCUCUCCGAAACCAAAAAGAUCUUGGCAGAAGCCACACCACGCUCUCUCGUAAUUCUCGAUGAGCUAGGUCGUGGUACCUCAUCAUAUGACGGCGUUGCCGUCGCUCAAGCUGUGCUGCACCAGGUCGCUACUCACAUCGGUUGUGUCGGUUUCUUCGCCACUCAUUACCAUUCCCUCGCCACAGAAUUCGCGGGCCAUCCCGAAAUUGCGGCCAAGAGAAUGCAGAUUCAUGUUGAUGAUGAUAAUCGUCGUAUAACCUUUUUAUACAAACUCGAAGACGGUGUCGCGGAAGGUAGUUUUGGAAUGCACUGCGCAGCGAUGUGCGGCAUCCCUUCAAAAGUCAUUGAUAGAGCCGAAGUUGCGGCCAAGGAGUGGGAACAUACGAGCAGACUAAAGGAGAGUUUGGAGAAGGCUAGAACUGGAUGUUAUAUUCCGCUUGGUAUGCAGAGUGAUGUUAGCUGGGUUCUGAAGGAGGCUUUGAGUGAGGAAGGCGUUGGGGAGAGGGACUUACAAGUUUUGAUGAAAGCUAUAGAGAGCUUGUAG